UGAUAGCCUGCACUUUUUGCCCUAGUGCGCGAGAGAGAGAGAGAGAGAGAGAGCAGAAGGAGAAGAAAGAGUGAUACACUCUCUGAAUCUGUAAUUGAAAUCCGCUUUAGCUUCUCGAAUUCACUGAGCUCUACUUUCGUCUACCUUUUCCUUCUGCUCAUCGCUGCUUCUACUCGCCGGAGGUGCAGAUAUCAGCGGGAUUAAAGUUUAUAUCUCUGAGGUCUGUAAAAGAAAGGUGUGAUGGAUUUCGAUGAGUAUGACUAUUUAGAGAAAACAGUUGAAAAUCCUGAACCUCCGACAUCAAAGGACAAUGCAAAUGGUGGGGAGGAAACUUUGAAGUCUGGAGAAAAAGGCCGCAGCCGAAGUUCAAAGCAUAAGAGUGAUGAUAAAGAUCAUGACGGGGAGCGUCGCUCAAAGCGUUCAAAAUCUGGAGAUGAGUCGCAUGACCAUGAUCGGCAAAGAGAGAGGGGAUCUUCUCGCCACCGUUCACAGUCCAGAGAUAUAGAAAGGGACCGUCACAGGAGUAGUCGGGAACACAGAGAUAGGGAGGAUAGAGAAAAGGAGGAAAGAAAUGGCAAGGAGAGAGAUAGGAACAGGGACAGAGAACAGGAUCGUGAUCGAGACAGGGAUAGGAGAGAGCGUGACCGCGAUACUGACAGGGACAGGGAGAAGGAGAAGGAGAAGGAGAAGGAGCGGUCACGUCGAAGCAGGAGUCAUUCAGAAAGGCAUAGAAGUGAUCGGGAUGAAAGAGAGAAAAGCCGUGACAUAGAGCAUAAAGAAAGGGAGAAGGAGAAAGAUCUACGGGAGCGGGAGAAAGAAAGCAGAAGAUAUAAAGAAAAAAAGGAAGAAGUGACAGAACCAGAGGCUGAUCCUGAAAGAGAUCAGAGGACAGUAUUUGCUUAUCAGAUUUGUCUGAAGGCAGACGAAAGAGAUGUAUAUGAUUUCUUCUCACGAGCCGGCAAGGUCCGCGAUGUACGUCUCAUUAUGGAUCGUAACUCAAGACGGUCCAAGGGAGUUGGGUAUAUCGAGUUCUAUGAUGCGAUGUCAGUACCUAUGGCUAUUGCACUCUCUGGUCAACCUCUUCGAGGUCAACCAGUGAUGGUGAAGCCAUCAGAGGCUGAGAAGAAUCUGGUUCAGUCAACUUCUGUGGUUACUGGAGCCGGUGGGAUGAUAGGUCCAUAUUCUGGUGGAGCUAGACGGCUGUAUGUUGGCAAUCUACACACCAACAUAAAAGAAGACGAUCUACGCCAGGUUUUUGGAGCAUUUGGUGCUGUAGAACUGGUUCAGUUGCCUCUUGACGAAACUAACAACUGCAAAGGUUUUGGAUUUGUUCAGUUUCAACGGCUUGAAGAUGCUAGAAAUGCACUGAGUUUGAAUGGCCAAUUGGAGAUUGCUGGUCGAGUAAUUAAGGUAUCAGCUGUGACUGACCAGGCUGGAAUGCAAGAUGUUGGAGCAAAUGCUGGUGAUUUUGAUGACGAUGAAGGUGGUGGCUUGUCAUUGAAUGCCCGGUCACGAGCAAUUCUUAUGCAGAAACUGGAUCGUAGUGGCAGUGGAUCAAGUCUUGCUGUCAAUAGCACUGGUCUACCAGUGGCACUUCCAGCGGCACCAAUCCUGGGAGCUGCACCAGGAGUUUCUUCUCUUGGUACUCCCAUGGCCUCUGUUCCUGGUCUUGCUGGACUUGGUGUUCCGGGUCUUCAAAUUCCUACAGCUACUGUUCCUUCUGUAGAUACAAUUGGUGUUCCAAGCGAAUGCUUACUGUUGACAAAUAUGUUUGAUCCUAAAGAAAUUGAGGCUGAACCAGAUAUUGACGUGGACAUUAAAGAAGAUGUUCAGGAGGAAUGUUCAAAAUACGGGAAGCUGAAACAUAUUUUUGUUGAUAAGAAUACCGCUGGUUUUGUGUACUUGAGAUUUGAGAACACACAAGCUGCAAUAAAUGCUCGACAAGUUCUCCAUGGAAGAUGGUUUGCUGGGAAGAUGAUCACAGCGACUUUCAUGUUGCCUCAGACCUAUGAGACUAAAUUCCCUGAGAGCCGGUAGGAUUAUGCACAUUGGGAAUGUGAAGAAGGCAGCUGGUAUGCCUUUUAGGUCCAAUUUUCAGACGAGGGAUGGGGAUUUAAUUGUCCUCGUGGCAGUGUAGCAAGAAAGAAUGUCAUGUUGAGAUGUACAUCACUUGGAAAUUUUCAGUCAGUGCAAUGUGAAAGUACAGAUACUGUUUGUAGACUAAUUUAUACUCCCAUUUGUGUCAAAUUUUUGAGUUUUUCAAUUAUGAAUGGGUGUUGCUAGA